ACUUGACAAGUACAGGUGCAUAGUGCUGCAUCAUAAGCGGCAGUUGAAAAGCUAACUUUUUGAUAAUCUUUCUUAAAAAUUAUGCAAACAUCUCAAAUGAUUGAUGCUAAACAUUGGCAGCAAGCGCCAGAUAAAGUAGAUCUAGAUAACCGUAUAUACAUUGAAAAAGAUAUCUUUGGAAUGUCACAAGGCAACAAAAUAGAAAAGCAUCAUGAUCAAUCAAAAGAUCAAUAUUUUCAGUCUUCCUCCUCCUCUAGCUCCAUUUCUUCCAUGUCGUCUUCAGGAUCGAAUACCUCAGACACACUUGUGGACAGAAAGGAUUUAAUGCCAAGGAGAGUGAAUGAAAAGGAAAUUAAGCGUAUUGAAAGAAAUUUAUUGCAACGAUUGGAUCUUCAUGUCAGAGCCUUUCUCUCAAUGCUCUUGUCUAUACCUUUUUUGGUAGUUCUGGUUGUACUUGCAGUUUAUCAAACUACAAAGAUGUAUCUAUUGGACUUGUAUUAUUACAAGACAACCAGACCUCAGGAAAGCCAGGAGUCUUUAAUUCCUGAUGAAGUGUUGACGAAUGAUGAAACUUACUAUACCAACCGAUGGGGAUAUGAAAGCGAAAUGCAUGAAGUAGAAACUCGAGAUGGUCAUAUACUAAAGGUAUACAGAAUUUAUAAGAAAGGAUCUAAUCCUGAAGGCAAACGUCCAAUUUUAAUUGGUCAUGGUUUAUUUCAAUGCUCUGGCGCUUUUGUUCUUAACGAGGAGAAGUCUUUGGCAUUCACCUUGGCAGAAAAAGGAUACGAUGUAUGGGUAGGCAAUAAUCGAUCUAUUGGAGGAUUUCGUCAUGUUUCUCUAUCGCAUAAGGAUCCUGAAUACUGGAAUUGGGGGUUAAAAGAACUUGGCCUCUAUGAUUUUCAAAGUAUGAUUGACCAUGUUCGAGAAUACUCUGGGUUUGAUAGGGUAGGAUACAUCGGUCAUUCUCAAGGCAAUGCUCAAGCAUUUAUUGCAUUAUCACUUUGCCCAGAAAUUGGUAACAAGUUGAGUUGCUUUGUUGCGCUCGCACCUGCUGUAUUUUCUGGACACUUGGUUGAUACAUUUCCGCUAAGAAUUUUAAUCAAUUUGAAUGAUUGGCUGUAUUCCUUGAUAUUUGGAUCAAAAGCUUUUCUGCCGAUUAUGUCUGUAGCCCAAACGAUGAUAGAACCUAGAGUCUUUUGUUUUUUGGCUUAUAGUAUGUUUUCUUAUUUGUUUUCCUGGUGGGAUAGUCAUUGGUUAAGAAGAAGAAAGGCCAAAUAUUUCCAAUUCACACCUCGCCCUGUGAGCUCAAGACUGAUUGCAGAUUGGAUUGCAGGUUGGGGACGUAAAGGAAUGUGCUUAUAUGUAGGAUCAGAUCAAUCCAAUAAUACAAUGAUGAUCAAAAAGAAAGUGCCGUUUGUGAUCUUUUAUGGUACAGCUGAUUUUUUGGUCAAUGGAGAACGCUUUGUACGCACAUUUGAUGGCUACGAAACCCAUGGAUUAUCACCAGCACAAAUAGAACAACAAAAGAAAGAAUCUAUAGAAAAACGCUCUUAUUUUCCUAUGCUUGACCUAAUACAUGUAGAGCGUAUUGAUGGAUACGAGCAUAUGGAUACUAUUUGGGGGCAUGAUAAUCAUCAUACAACUUAUCCCAUUUUACUAAAAAACCUAGACAAUGCAUUAUGGGAAUAAAGAAAAGC